AUGACUUGGCCAAUCUGUGUUUCCUACAGGUCCCGCUCAGUUGAACGAACAAACAAUCUCUUUGUUCUGGAUGCUCUUCACACUCCAGAUGAGCCUGUUUUACUGAGGCUUCGCUGCAUCUCAAAUCACAGCAAACUAUUCCAUGACACAAUUUGUCAUCCCAAACUUGUAGAAAUUGCGUCUGAACUGGUAAGAUCAACUAACCAACUUUUCUUUGCUAUUUGCUACAUAUGUCCUCCAAAAGUAAUAGUCAAAUUCUGUUAAAAAUCUUUAAGAUCUUAGAUUAUAUUAGAAUAGAUCUUUUACUUAGGCAUGGAAUCCCCUCACCUUGACGCAGGAGGGAAAUCCCCGGCCCCCGGCUCUUAAUGACAGCCCUGAAUUUCCUUUACAAAUUUACAGCUUUGUUUUCCAUUCUAACCUCCAUGAGGUUGAUUGUUCAGAGCAGGCAUCACCGAGGUUCAUACCCUCUUUAAUGGAUCCAUUUUUGAAACGUACUCUGUUCAAGAUGCUAACUGAAUGGUAGAAUUGUAAACCCGUCUGAGAUUUAAGACCCCUAAAACCAUACCCUGUUUGGCGGCAAAGCAAGAAGCCAUUUAGGUGACAAAAGGAGUGCCUUCCCCCACCUCCACCAGGUCAAAGAUGCCUUGGAACAGAAAUGUGGGCACUUAUACGGGGCAGAAGUGCCCACUUUAUCGGUACUUUGCUAACUAUUGUUAGUUAAUCACUAGUCUUAGUUUUUAUAACUUGUAAUUAUCACACGGCAUGUCUGAAAACCAGCUUGCUGAGCCAUUUACUGUGUUUAAGUACAGUUGAUUAAUUGAUUGAUUGAUUGAUUGAAACUCUGGCGUGAGUACUUGAGAAAAGGAUGUGUUGACAUCGAUAUCAAUAACGUAUCCAUAACGCAUAAUUCUUUCUCCAUUAAGAUUGGACCAUCGAUUCGUUACAUUAAUCAAGAGAAAGUGAACAUGAAGCCGCCACAAAGUGAGAGUUCGGUUGUUAAAUGGCAUCAAGACUGGGCAUUUUUUCCUCACACGAAUGACAGUUUGGUUACUGUCUGUAUUGCCAUUGAUGACUCCAGCAGGGAAAACGGUAACAGAAAUACUGUAAACUUUUGCUUAUAAGCCCUUUAACUUAUAGCUCCCACUGUUAUAAGUGCACCUACCUGUAAUAAAAAAACACGGCCGGUUACAACCCCCCACCCCACCCACACCGAAUGUAAGCCCCCCUCUAGCUUGUAUUGAAACGAAUUCGAUUUUUUAUGACGUUUUGAGUAAAUUUCAAAAGUAGUUUGAUCAGCACUCCUAGGUACCUUGUUUUGAAGCGCUUCAUAGUCCGGCUAUAAGCCCCUCCCCCCUCCCGCCCCGUUUAUAAGCCCUACGGCUUAUAAGCGGAAUUUUGCGGUAUAUGUUGUGACCUUUUUUUCAGCUUCAGCUUCUUCAUCUUAAGCUUUUUUAAAUUCCAAAUUAUACAGGAUGUGUACAAGUGGUUCCAGGAUCACACAAGGGCCCCCUGUAUUCACACUUUAAGGAUGGAGCUUUUGUAUCGGCCAUAGCGGCAGAUCCAGCGUUUGACCCCAGCACUGCUGUUCAUGUGGAAGUAACCGCUGGUGGAGCCUCGUUUCACCAUGUCUUAACGGUGCACGGAUCCGCACCUAACCUGUCCCGUCAUUCACGGCGUAUGUUCUGUUUUAACUACAGUUCCACAGAUGCUUGGCCAUUGCUUGGUGUCGCGGGACAUGAAUUUACAAGCCAUGGCCCAGUGGACUGGGAGAGGUAUUGCUCCACGGUGGUGAAAGGCAAAGCAAGUGUGUUUCCACGAAUGAAGGCAUUGCCUGUCUCCAUUCCCAUACCUUUG